CCGAGCGGUUAGAGGCGCGCCGGAUCGCCGGGGCUCCGCUGGAGGGGCGCGGGCUCCGAGGGCACCAUGAGACCCGAGGCGGCGGCCGGAGCCCGGGAGGCGCGGGGACGCGUCUGUCACUGCCCCGGGGACGGUCCCCGGGGACCACCGUCGCCGCGAGGGCCCGAGAGCCAAACACCAUGGAGACCCUGGAUCCUGACCCCCCAGGAUGCCGAGGCCACCAGAACUAGAAUUGAGCUCGAGCCUGGGGGUGACCAGCAAACCUUUGGAUCAAAGGGAGCCUUUGGGUUUCAGCAUCCUGUAAGACUUUACCUACCCAUUUCUAAGCGUCAAGAGUAUCUGCACAGUUCUGGGGAGAAGGUGCUGGCCAGUUUCCCCGUGCAAGCCACCAUUCACUUCUACAACGAUGAGUCCGAUUCAGAUGAGGAGCAGGAGGAGGACACCCCGCCCUCCGGCCUUCAGUGCCAGGAGGUGGAAGACGGCCCAGGAGGAAAGGGCAGAGACCGGCUGACAAAUCCAGCACGGCAGCCCCGAGGCUGCGGUGGCCUCGGUGGUAAGGGUCUGCUCCCUGACCCUGACUCCACGACGGAGGAUGCUGCGUGCCUCUCAUCCAAAUAAAUCUGUCUCUCCUGCACCAGACCUACAUCACAUGUGCCUUGGGGGACAGCCCUUGGGGACAGCCAUGCCAGGACACUUUGCGUUUCAACUGGGUGUACAAGGACUUGACUUUCUCUAACCAGCACCCCCCUCACAGCCAGGACUCAGCUUUUACUCCUUCUCCGAGUGAUUCUUUGUGCGUCAGUCAUACCUUUGAGAAAGGAUUCUUAGGUCCGAGAGGCUUGCAUCCACAUGGGUUGUUAUCAGGUGGGGCCAACUUCCGGAGCACAUUCAGCAAUGUCACUGUGCCAACCAAACGACAAAUUACUCCACAUCAAUUAAUAACCCACCCAUGCCUCUCCCUCAACCUGAGACCCCUUACUGGGCUAUUUCCACUUUUGUAAAAAUGAUUCAGAUGUUGUCCAAGGUUGAUGUGAUUUGCUUAGUGGCAUUCUGAAAAAAUAUAUAUUUAUGAAAAGCACACAAACACACUGAAUAAUUUCCAUAGAAGUAACAAAAAUAAAGAAAUAAGGAUUUGGCGGUGGGGGGACCAUUCUGGAUAAAAACAUAUGAUGCUUGUCUAAGGGCUGUGUGUAUGAAUAGAGAGACGAGCUUUAACUCUUAGUUGGGAACUGCUUUGGGCUUAUUACUUGAAUAGGAUAACACUGUUUUCAAUCAAAGUACUUAAUGUAAUAUUAUUUUCAGCUGUUUGUAUUUUGAUGACCAAAUGAGUGUAUUCAUCAAGGUUUUUUACUGAACUAUUUUACAUGCGGUUGCCUUCCCAGUUUCUGCCUGAAAUAAAUAUUUUGAGAG